GCGGACAGCUCUGAACACCGCCCACUCCGGCUCUCGGCUAGCGUUACACUACUAGUAUCUGGCGGAAAACUUCCUGAAUACAAUCCACAACCUGGAGUGUGUAUGUCUCUUUUCGAACUUUUCACACUUCUGUCAGCUGUCGAUGCAUCUUCAUUCUCCUGUGCUGUUUUGUUAUCGGACUAGCUAGCGGUGUAGCAUUAGUUAGCAAAGGUCGGAGUUGACACCUGCUUUGAGUUGCUAAUCUCCCUGAACAAUACAGGGCAGAUUAAACACUGGUAACAAACACCUCUGAAUGGUUUUUACCUCAGUUUCGUCGCACGUAGUGUCUUCUCAGUGACAGCUGUUUUACUACUGGUUCUCAUCUGCUCCCAUUCUGUCAUUCUCCAUGAGUGAUUGAAUGCGGUGAAGCUGGCAUCAGUGGACAAGCACGCACAAAAGGGCCAUCGAUUGCUCAAGGAUGCUUAUGGAGGUCAUGAAGAACGAAGCAGACAGGACCUCAGUUGCCUCUAUGGCUCUCUACUCUGUUAUGUAUCCUGUCUUUAAUCAGCUGAAAAGAGUGGACUUAUCAGCAGCGGAGACCUUGAAAACAGCCUUUAUAAAGGCAGAGAAAGAGAACCCGGGGCUGACCCAGGACAUCGUUGUGAAAAUACUGGAGAAGAAACGCUUAGAAAUCAACUAUAAUGAGUGUCUGCUUCGAAUGGCUGCAGAUGAUGUAGAAGAGUUCAUGAUUGACAGACCUGAGCUGGAGUUUCAGGAGCUAAAUGAGAGGUCCCGAGCUCUUAAACACAUCCUCAGUACUAUACCAGAUGACAUCAGUGACAAAGUAGGCUUCCUCCAGACCAUCAAAGACAUUGCCAGUGCCAUAAAGGAGUUGUUAGACACAGUAAAUACUGUCUUCAGGAAAUACCAGCAUCAGAAUAGACGGGCUCUGGAACAGCAGAAGAAAGAGUUUGUGAAAUACUCCAAGAGCUUCAGUGACACUCUCAAAACCUACUUCAAAGAUGGAAAAGUGAUAAACGUGUUUGUCAGCGCCAACCGACUAACCCACCAAACCAACAUGAUACUUCUGGCCUUCAAGACGGUGGCGUAGACGCCCGAGAAGACGCACACCUUCGGUUUUAUUAAAGAGCAGGUGAUGAGAGGCUUUGCAAUUUGUAGAGACGUUUUAUUAUUUUUGGGCUGUGUAAUUUAUAAUUCUUUGACUUUGAAGGGAGAUCAGGUAGUUUGAGGUUCAAAGCAAAUCAGGUUGACAGUAAUUGCCGGGGAUUUUUAACUCUCUUUUAUGUUAUGUCUUUUAUCAGAUUCCUAAGUCGAUAUUUCUUCACUCCUUUAAACAUUUCCCACUCUGUUCAGCCUUGUUUAGGUGUGAAAAAGUAUGGAUUAUUCUUCACAUCCUUGAGAGUUUGGUAAUAAGUGUAGUAUUAGAA